GAGUGGGGUAGGCUGCGCCCGAGGCCCAGAAGGGGUAGCAGGCCAUGGCGGCGGCUGCUGCGGCUGUGGUGGGUUGGUUGGGCUGGGUGCUUGCCGCGCUCUGUCUGGGCAGCACCGCAGGGGAGGCGGCGCCGGGCGCGGGACUGCUGAGCUUCUGCACGGAAGAGGACGGCGCGCCAGGCGCGGGCUCCCUGCGCGGAAGGGCAGCGCCGGAGGCCACUUUGUGCUUGCGACUCUUUUGCUCCGGCUUGGCCAACAGCUCCUGGACCUGGGUAGCCGCCGAGGGCGCAGGCUGCCCCGAGGGCGGGCGGGCCACGGAGCCCGAGGAGGCGACCGCCCCGACGGGCGAGUGGCGCGCGCUGCUGCGCCUGCGCGCCGAGGCCGGCCACCCGCGCUCCGCGCUGCUGGCGGUGCGCGUGGAGCCGGGUGGCGGGGCCGCGGAGGAGGCGGCGCCGCCCUGGGCGCUGGGGCUGGGGGCGGCCGGGCUGCUGGCCCUGGCGGCCGUGGCGCGCGGCCUGCAGCUGAGCGCGCUGGCGCUGGCGCCGGCCGAGGUGCAGGUGCUGCGCGAGAGCGGCUCGGAGGCGGAGCGCGCGGCGGCGCGGCGCCUGGAACCCGCGCGGCGCUGGGCCGGCUGCGCCCUGGGCGCGCUGCUGCUUCUGGCCAGCCUGGCGCAGGCGGCACUGGCCGUGCUGCUGUACGGGGCGGCGGGCCAGCGCGCCGUGCCCGCCGUGCUGGGUUGCGCGGGGCUGGUGUUCCUGGUGGGUGAGGUGCUGCCGGCCGCGGUGAGCGGACGCUGGGCGCUGGCGCUGGCGCCGCGCGCGUUGGGCCUCAGCCGCCUGGCGGUGCUGCUCACCUUGCCGGUGGCGCUGCCGGUCGGGCAGCUGCUGGAGCUGGCAGCGCGGCCGGGGCGUCUGCGGGAGCGCGUGCUGGAGCUGGCGCGCGGCGGCGGCGACCCCUACAGCGACCUCAGCAAGGGAGUGCUGCGCUCCCGGACCGUGGAGGACGUGCUCACGCCGCUCGAAGACUGCUUUAUGCUGGACUCCGGCACUGUCCUAGACUUCGGCGUCCUCGCCAGCAUCAUGCAGAGCGGCCACACACGCAUCCCAGUGUACGAGGAGGAGCGCUCCAACAUCGUGGACAUGCUCUACCUCAAAGACUUGGCCAUCGUUGAGCCCGAGGACUGCACACCGCUCAGCACCAUCACCCGCUUCUACAACCAUCCACUCCACUUUGUCUUCAACGAUACCAAACUGGACGCUGUCCUGGAGGAGUUCAAGCGAGGCAAGUCCCACCUGGCCAUUGUGCAGAAGGUGAACAAUGAGGGCGAGGGCGACCCCUUCUAUGAGGUGCUGGGCCUGGUCACCCUGGAGGACGUCAUCGAGGAGAUCAUCAAGUCUGAGGUCCUGGAUGAGCCUGAAGACUACUCAGACACAAAGGUGAGGAAGAAGACUGUCGCCCUGGGAGCUCCUCUCAAGCGAAAGGAGGAAUUCUCCUUAUUCAAGGUGUCUGAUGAUGAAUAUAAAGUAAAAAUCUCGCCUCAGCUGCUCCUGGCCACCCAGCGCUUCCUUUCCCGAGAGGUGGAUGUGUUCAGCCCAUUGCGAGUCUCUGAGAAAGUCUUGCUGCACCUGCUGAAGCAUCCCAGUGUCAACCAGGAGGUGACGUUUGACGAGAGCAACCGCCUGGCCGCACACCAUUAUCUGUACCAGCGCAGCCAGCCAGUAGAUUACUUCAUUCUCAUUCUGCAGGGCAGAGUCGAGGUGGAAAUUGGGAAAGAGGGCCUGAAGUUCGAGAACGGAGCCUUCACGUACUAUGGAGUGUCCGCCCUGACAGCCCCAUCCUCAGCUCACCAGUCCCCAGUGUCUUCACGCCAACUCAUCCGCCAUGACCUGCAGCCUGAACCAGCCGACGGUACCCGCUCCUGCACGUACUGUCCUGACUACACUGUGAGGGCCCUUUCCGACCUGCAGCUCAUUAAGGUCACACGGCUGCAGUACCUUAAUGCACUCCUGGCUACCCGAGCCCAAAGCUUGCCUCCAUCCCCAGAGAAUGCUGAGCUCCAGGCUAUCCCAGGCAGCCAGACCAGGCUCCUUGGUGACAAGUCCAGAGAGACAGCAGCCUUCCCAGUUCACCUUUCCCUCUUUGGCACACUUGGAAACUGCAGUUGAUAAAUGACUGUGGACUAGUGAGCAUUUUUUGUUUUAAGAGGACACCAAGGGUCCACCAACAGCAGACCCAGCAUCCCAGUGGAGGAGAGCCCUGGGCGGAACCCAGGAGUGUAACUGCUUGCCGGACAGCCCCGAGCUGGAAAUGGACAAGCGUUUGGGGAGCUGGGAGAGCCGAGCAGGAGCUUCAUGCCAGCCUGUCCCUACCUAUCCUGGCCACGUUUUAGAUGGCCCUUGUAAGCUGUGGGUCCUGAGCCGCCUCGGUGCCAGAGUCUCCAGCCGUCCUGCUGUCCUUGAGGAGAUGGGAUUGACAAAGCAGCCCUCCAGAAGCCUGUUUCCAAGGGGACAAAAGAAACAGCGUCAUCUCUAGUCCCCAGGUCCCAGCUUCCCCGAUGCUGUAACAGCACAGUGUGUUUAUAUGUCUCCCUGAGCCCAGUGCCAUUCGGGUACAGCCACUGCCUUUACAUGGCCCUGGCCUGUGGUCAUUCUGCUUUUGGUUGGCCAACCCUCUGUCAAUGGCGCCACUUUCUGAGCAAGCCAAGAGUGCUGAGUUUUGAUGGAAGUGUUCAAAUCCAUGGCCCUGCCGUGUACUUCUUGGCUUCCCCUACAAUGCCAUAUUUUGAUUCAUGUACCCCAGUUUUUCAUGUGCCAAAUCUAAGAGCACAGCUCCCCAGUAAUCUGUGCCCCGUUCUGCUCCCUCCUGUGGAGGAAGCUCCUCUGGCUCCUUGAGUCACGAGCAGGCUGGCCCAGGGUCGCCUGGCAUUUCUUUCCCACUUGGGCACGGCGCCACCACAGUAUUGUCGAUUUCUGUUUGAGGUCAUUUGUGGAAGGCCAAAGGUCAGUGUUGACUGACCCGGGGCCAUGGCGCCUGCUAUACCUGUCUUGUGCUCUUGCCCUGAGCACCCAGGAAGGUGUGCAGCAGUGUACCAUGGAGCAGCAGUCAGUGAAGCGGUUGUAAGCCUGCUAUGUCCUUGUCGCUUGCUAAGAAGUCACGGUUUUCUCAUAUCUCUGAAAUACUCAAAUUCUGUGCGCUUUUGUCUUUCCAGUGAUGUUUUAGAGACACGGGUGGAAAGAUUCUGUCUUUCUCUUCUAGUUUACCUAUACUUUGCCACAGUUUGAGCUCUGGGACAAUAGAUUGGGGUGGGAAGGGCGGAUUUCUGGAACCAUUCUUAAAAGAAUGUGGGCCCUUGUGAGACUUGGAAGCUAAGAGAACAGUGGUACGCUUGCUGAAAAAAAUACUAUAACGGAAUGUGCUCUAAGAACAAACCCAGGUUGGAAACAAAUACUUUGAAUUACCUGUCUCCAAAACAGAAUUCUAAAUUUCAGCUGAACCUCAGAAUCGAGUUAGAACCUUGGAUGCCUGUGCUCACCUUGAACUCCCAGGGCUGUGGUCCUGAAGUGGUUUUAACCUCCUAGAAGAGUCCCCUAUGCCCUUUACCAUUGUCUCCUAAUGUUAACGUGUUAGAUAACCUUGUUGCAUUUACCAGAACUAGAAUGUUAAAAUUGGAGUACUCAACUGAGGCCUUGAUUUAGGUUUCACUUUUUUUUUUUUUUUUUUUUUUUUUUUUUUUUUUUUGGUAAUUGGAAUCCAGAUGCCAGGAUGCACUUGGAGCUGUUGCUUCUUUAGCCCUAACUACAGUAAUUGUAGAUUCAUAGGAAGUGGCAAAGACACAGAGCCCUUGUACCCUCUAUCUGGCUUUCCCCAGUGCUCCCAUGUCACUAACCAUAGUGUGCAGGGCUGUGGGGCUCUGCACUCUGCCACCUCUGUAGACCCGAGUAACUGCUGGAGAAUACUAACCCACUGGACUGUCCCUCAGAGCCACCUGCCCCGCCCUAAGCCCUGGGACCAUAGACUGUUCCUCAGCUCUGUCAUUUUGUCAUGUCAAGAAUGUCGUUUGAGGGGCUGUGUCGUGUGCGGCCGGACUUUGGGAUUGACUUCAUUCAGCAUAGUGCUCUAGAGGCUGUUCCAGGUCAGUGUGUCAGUGGCUCGCUCCUCCUUGCCAAAUGAUGUCCCGUGGUGUAUUCAGUGUCCUGUCAGAGGACAUCUGGGUUAUUUGCAGUUUUUGGCCUUUUCAAAAUAAAGCUGCUAUGAACAUUUACGUACAGAUACAGUGUGAAGACUGGUGUCCGCCUGGGAUGUGCCAGCAACACAGGUGCCAUGACGUUUACCUUAAAAAAGAGCCUGCCUGGCCUUUGAGCGGAGCUGUGCACAAGUUUAAAUUCCUACAGGAAAUGUAGGAAUGAUCUGGUUUCUCUCCCCCCGACCCCCCAAGGGGCCAAUGACCAUCAGUCCUUUGCUGUCUGUGGUUCUUGUCUGCUUUUCCUUGGUCUCGUCCAUGAGCCUGUUCAUGUUUUCAGUUUGGCAACUGGUCUAUUCCUUUCCGUGUGUUUGUGCAUCUCCACCCCACCCCUGUCUUUUUUUUUUUUUUUUUCUUGAGUACUCUUCAGAUAUUUAGAUUACAAAAUCCUUCGUUGGACUUUUGGUUUGCAAAGAUUAUCUGUGUAGUACUAUAUUCUAGAUCUGAAUUGUGACCCCAAAGCCUGUAUACUAAAGAUUGAAUCCCUGGGCUAUUCUUUUAGGUGGGUCCUCCUGAGUUCAUCAGGGCUCUGACCUCUGCCAUGUUCUUCCCUCUGUAAAGUGUGUAGUCUAAAGGACUGAGCAGCCACAGGCUCAGUAACAUUAACUGUGUUCUCACCGCAAGGUCUUGUACAGGUGGAGGGUUUUUUUGUUUUGUUUUUGGUGUUUUAAGCCAAGAGUUUGUUUGUAUAGCCCAGGCUGGCCUCAAACUCAGAGAUUCACUGCCUCUGCCUCUCAAGUGCUGGGUCUAAAGGCGUGCUCUGCCACGCCUGGCUCAUCUUAAAGGUUUUUGUGAUUAAAGUCUCUCUCUUUUUUUUUUGUUUUGUUUUGUUUUUUUCGAGACAGGGUUUCUCUUUGUAGCCCUGGCCAUCCUGAAACUCACUCUGUAGACCAGGCUGGCAUUGAACUCAGAAAUCCACCUGCCUCUGCCUCCCGAGUGCUGGAAUUAAAGGCGUGCACCACCACUGCCUGGCCUGAUUAAAUUCAUUUUCAUCAA